CUCGUCCUGGAAACACCUCGCACAAGUUUGUUCCACCAACCGCGUCGCCAUCGGUCUGCCGUGACGGGCCAGUUCUGUCUGCCGUGCCACGGCCACCUACUCCGACCCACCCAAACAAACUUCCCCGGGUUUUAAGCGCGCGCGAGCUCUUUCCUUCCUUCCCUCCCACCGCCGGCCGCCGCGACAGCGCGGGCUCCCCUUCCGGCCGGGUGCCACCCGCAAGCGCGGCCGUCCGCAUGGAGCCGCCGGCGCCUCCGCCCCCGCCGCCGCCGCAGCUGCACCUGCGGGUCCUGGACACCGUCAGGCUCUCGCCGGCGCCGCAGCCUCCGGCGUCGUCCCUGCCGCUCUCCGGCCUCGACGCCGACCGCAACGCCCUCGACGUCUCCUUCCGCACCGUCCGCUUCUUCCCCGCCCACCCGGUCUCCCUCGACCCGCUCGACGUCCUGCAGGCCGCGUUCGCCGACGCGCUCGGCCUCUUCCCGCAGCUCGCCGGCUCCCUCCUCCGCGACGACGGCCGCGUCGUGCUCUCCGGGGCCGGCGACGACGCCGUGACCCUCGUCCUCGCGGCGACGGAACUGUCGGUGGCCGACGUCGACGCGGACAGGCCGGACUCGCCGCUGCUCGACCGCCUCGCGCCGGGCGACGGCGACGGCGGGCCGGCAGCGCUUGCGCUCCAGGUCACGCGGUUCACGUGCGGCGGCGUCGCGCUGGGGAUGCGGGUGGCGCACGCGCUCUGCGACGGCGCGGGCUCCACCAAGUUCCUCGUCGCCGCGGCGCGGUUCGCGCGGGGGCUGGAGCCGGAGGCCGCGGCGGAGCCGCUGUGGGACCGGCGGGAGCUCCUCGGCCCGAGGAACCCGCCGCGGGUGGUGACGCCGUUCGACGCCGUCCUCGCGACCGACGACGACGUCGCGCGGCUUGGCCCGUACGGCGCGGCGAGCGACGGACACGGACACGAGCGGCUCGCCAGGGAGUGCUUCCACGUCAGCGACGCGCGCGUGGAGGCGAUCAGGGCGCGGCUCGCCGCCGACGCCGGCGUCAAGUUCACGACCUUCGAAGUUCUCGCCGCCUUCAUCUGGCGCGCCAAGGUGAAGGCCAACCGAACCACCCCCGACGAGACCGUGAAGAUGGUGUACUCCAUGAACAUCAGCGGGCUCCUCGACCCGCCGCUGCCGGAGGGGUACUGGGGCAACGUGUGCGUGCCGGUGUACGUGGCGCUCCCGGCUGGCGACCUCGUCGGGCGGCCGCUGGCGGAGACGGCAUCCCAGGUCAGGAAGAGCAAGCGGGGGGUGGACGAGGAGUACGUGCGGUCCUACGUCGACCUGCAGGAGCUGCGGCGCGGGGAGGGCGGCGUCACGGCGGGGCGGCGCGGCGUGAGCGCGUUCACGGACUGGCGGCGGCUGGGGCACUCGGAGGUGGACUUCGGGUGGGGCGCGCCCGACGCCGUGCUGCCGCUCUCGUGGCGGCUGCUCGGGAGCACGCAGCCGUGCUUCCUGCUGCCGUACGGCGCCGGGGACGAGAGGCGGCGGCGAGGGUUCAAGGUGUUCGUCGCGGUGCCGGAGGAGGCGGUGCCCCGGUUCAGAGAGGAGAUGGACGAGAUACUGUGGCAGGACGAGCACACUGGCUGCGCCUCAGUGGGGAAACUGUAAAUUUGGGGGUCGCUAGAAAUUCGUCCGGGAAUGUUUAUCUUCGCAGAUCUUCUGGCCCACGUUUGCACCGCGAGGUCCACGAGAAAUUGGGUAAAUUCCAUCAUGUCGUAUAUAUUGAAAUACAACUUUAGAGAUACUACCUCUGUCCCAUGUAUAAGAUAUUUUUGCAGUUCAAUUUAUACUGAAAAACAUCUUAUAUUAUAGGACGGAGGGAGUAGAUCGCAACCUAGUCUAGUAUGCUAUGAAAAUUCAGUUUAUAACACAAACAUUUCGGAAACAAAGUCCUCUAUUUAUGUCCAGAUAAUCUAAGUAGGUUAAGGAUUU